AUGACAUUCCCAUUAGAGAAAGAAAAGUAUAAAUUAAUAAAUGAAGUCGGUUUUGGCCCUCAUUCAAACGUAUACGAAGCUCUUUGUACCGAAAAUAGCCAAAGAGUUUGUGUUAAAAAAAUUAAUUUGAUAGAAUUUCCUUUUAACACAAGAAGUCUUCAAGCUGUACUUGCCACAUGGAACAAAAACAAUUGUCCAUACAUUUUGGAGUACUACGGAUCUUUUAUUGAUGGAGAGUAUAUGUGGAUCAUCCAGGAAUUUAUGGAUGCUGGAUCUCUCAUCGACUUAAUCAAUAAGAGCUUCCCGAAUGGCUGCAAAAACGAAAAGUUAUGUGCGGCAAUAGCUCAUAAUGUCCUAAAGAGUCUUAGUUACUUUCAUUCUAAUAACAGAAAUCAUUGCAACUUAAAGGCAUCAAAUGUACUUUUCAAUCAUAAAGGCGAAAUCAAACUUUCCGAUUUUAACAUCUCAACGUCAAUCGUACAGACAGGCAAAAUCAGACAAUCGUUGAUUUCAAUGAAUAACGAUGUGAUUUACCUUGCUCCUGAAAUUUUAAAUAAUGGCACAUAUUCAUCCAAGAGUGAUAUUUGGAGUUUUGGACUACUGAUGCUUAAUCUUGCUAAUGGACACCAUCCAUACGAAGGAAUAAAAGUUAUGGAAGCCGUUGUUAAAAUCAUGAAUAAUGAUUCUCCAUCUUUGAAUGAUGAUUUCUCUCCUGAGUUCAAAGAGUUUAUUGCUGGAUGCUUAGAUAAGAACCCCGUUACAAGGCUUUCGGCUGACGAAUUAUUACAACACAAAUUUUUACAAAAUAUAGAGCCGAACCAGCUCGCAUCUUUCCUCCACUUCUCACAUACACCUGAAGUUCAAGUAGAUCAUGCUCAGAAACCAGAGAGGCAUGGAAGAUUUUUAAUUACAAGAAAACCAUCAAUGGAAAUCAUUGCUGAUGAAGCCUACCAGACAGAACAUCAGCUCAAUGCUGAAAUUACACUUCUAACAGAAGAAGUUGAAAGAUUGGAAGAAGAAAAUCGAAAAUUAAUUGAAGGCUUUAAUGAAGUGAUGCGCCAGAUCAAGAGCUUGGCCUAA